UAAGGUUUGCGAAAUUGGGGUUUAUUUCGAUUACAGAUAAAAUUUCUUAGAUCGAUGGGGGCAGUUCUAUCAGGCGCCUUGGGCGGCGGCGGUGCUGGUGCUGCCUACGCCAGUGAAUCACCAUCAUCAUCAUCCGAAUCAUCUCGCGUCAUGGAAUUUCACUCGACUAAUCGAUGGCAGCUACAUUUCAACUCCGCUAAACAAAUCCCUAAACUGAUGGUGGUGGAUUUCUCAGCAACAUGGUGUGGUCCCUGCAAGCUCAUGGAGCCAGCAUUACACGCCAUGUCUUCCAAGUAUUCCGACGUUGAUUUCGUCAAGAUCGAUGUCGAUGAAUUGAAUGAUGUGGCGAGGGAGUUUGGAGUUAAGGCUAUGCCGACGAUUGUGUUGCUGAAGCAGGGUAAGGAAGUAGACAGGGUCGUCGGUGCUCAAGCAGCAGAGCUGGAGAAGAAGAUUCAGAAUCACAGGGAGAAACCAAAGUUUGCCGCAUAAAUAAUAAUAAUGAUCAAAUUAUUUUAGUCUCUAAUCUCAAAUCAACUACUUCUCUCUUUUUAUUUCGAUCAAUUAUUAUGUGUGGACUAUUUCUUCUAUUUAUUUAUGGAUUGUGCCUUCAAUAAUAAAUCAAACUUUCAUUUUA